UUCACUACAAUUAACGGAGAACAAUUAAAGAGAGCGGUGAAAAGAUCGAAUCAGUAAGGACGGUUUGCUUUCGAGCAGCUCAUCUCUUGAUGCCUCCAGAUAAAUCGCAUGCGGGGGUGAGGAACUUUCCGUGCUUUUAUUUUCAUCAUGACAUUAAGUUUUUCGCCCUUCUCCAUUAAAGACAUCCUCACCGGAGGUGAUGCCCGGGGGAAGUCCGGUAGCAAGAGUACAGAGGCGCUCUGCGCACCAAAGCGCAACAUCUGCACCGAGCACGAUGGCACCAGAGUCCCUGAUCUGUCUCUCCAAGACGCGGAGGAGAACCGCAUCCAGCCGGAGAGGCUUCCUCCCGGUCUCAGGCUGUCUUUAGGAAACCUCCGAUCUGACACCUACAGCGAGGAGGCCACAGGAGAGGAAACUGAGCUCAGACAAGGCGCUGCAGACCAGCAACGACAGUGUGUGGAGCUGGAUAAACGGCAGAAACAGACGGCGGAGACAGAGGAUGAGGGAUGUCAUGACAGCGGUGGAACGGUCAGCUGUUCAUCCGAUGAGCAGCAGUCCAGGCCCGGUACCAAGAAGCGCUCCAGGGCGGCCUUCUCUCACGCACAGGUCUACGAGCUGGAGCGCCGCUUCAACGCGCAGCGAUAUCUUUCAGGCCCUGAGCGGGCCGAUCUGGCGGGAGCUCUGAAACUCACAGAGACUCAGGUAAAAAUCUGGUUCCAGAACCGGAGGUAUAAAACUAAACGGCGGCAGAUGGCGGCGUGCAGCUCACCAAAGAAAGUAGCAGUCCAAGUGCUGGUGAGGGAAAAUCAAAAGCAGUACCCUCAUGCGAGUGGAGUACACAUUCCGGUGACUGUGCCACUGUACCAGGCCUACCAGUACCACCCUUACCUGCACUACUGCUGCCAGCCGUGGAGCAUGAACAGCAUGUCGUGUGGAGGGAUGCUCUGAAGCUCUCUCUGAACUGUGGACAGUCAGUGGCUUCAACAAGUGUCACAAGGUGUCUGCAGCGUCUGUUCAGUCGGUGAUGCUGCACCACAUGGGACGUUUUGGUGCAAAGACACAUUUCUGUAGCCUUUGCUUUCAGACUGGUUGAGACUUCAAAGUUUUCUUUUUCAAAUAAUUUAACUGAUUUUCAAUUGUGGUUAUUGCUUGUCUCAUAGAAAGUCAGUUUGCCAUUUUUGUUCCCCUUUUAAGAAAAUAAAAUCAGAACUUGGAUAUUCA